UCUGUCUAUUGGCUUUCGGCGUUGGUACUUUAAUGAUACUUACUCAGCGUUUACUCGCUCGCGCCCGAAACAGUCUCUACUCGGACACAGUGUUGUGUAGCGUGUAAUGUAACAACGCUGCUUGUAGCGAGCGGCACAGUAAGCAGCACUCGCACAUAUAGAGAGAGAGAAUUCCGCCAGUCGAUUCGAUUAUUCAUCGACCCGCAGUUGGCGUUUGGUCUAGUGCAGCAUCGGAGCGUGUUGUAGUACGCGGCGGAGCAGCAGUGUAUCAGCGUGUUGCUACUACUAACACAUACCUUACCUAUGAUAUCUGUAUGUAGCAGUGUAUAAAAUUACGAGUGCAGAGCAGCAGCAGCAGACAAUCGAGUAAAUACAAAAUUUAUUUCGAGUCCAAUUGAGGGAGUCGCUCUCUUAUUUUUUGUUUUCGUUGAUUUUUUUUUCAACGACGCAUUGUCGAGAGCUUUUGCGGUUCAAUUACAAGGGGUUAUAUGUGUCAGACGCGAUAUAAGCAGAAUUGUCAAGGUACUGGUUAUUGAGACUGAUACAAAUGAAUACACAUGACACUGGUAUGUUCAUGGUAAUGAAGAAAAAUGCUUUGCUACAUAUCACUGUUUUUCCAAAAAUAGCUGCAAUCAAUUUAAUGCUUAGAUUUACAUAGCUGGCUCUACAAAUAAAGUUCCAAAGAUAUGUAUAGUUCAUCAAUUUUUCAAGGAUUAUAAAUUAUGCAGAUUAUUAUAUAAAUUUAUCACUACUACUCACCAAUAAAAUAAAUGUUUAAAAACUACAAAGAAAAUGCAAGAACCUGUUGAUCAAAUGUCUCUGCUUUGUAUAAAAGGAAACUCCAGUUCUAAUGGUAAAGAUUUGAACUCGAGCCUUGUAUCAACUGUAAAUAAAAAUUUGUUGGAUAAUAGUAAUCGACAUUCCUUAAGCUAUAUAAAAAUAUCAUCAGCAACUAAGAAAGCCAAGAGAAUUCGUUUUUAUAGAAAUGGCGAUAAGUUUUAUAAUGGUGUUGUUAUUGCAGUUACUCCAGAGAGGUAUAGAAGUUUUGAUAGUCUUAUAACAGAUUUGACAAGAGCACUCAUUUCAAAUGUUACAUUACCAAAUGGAGUUCGGGUAAUUUACACAAUGGAUGGUAAAAAGGUUCUCGAUAUCAAUGAUCUUGAAGAUGGUAAAUCCUACGUAGUGUCUGGACAUGGAGAAGCAUUUAAAAAAGUUGAUUAUUCGUCAUCGACUGUUAAGCGUGGUAGUUCCUUAUCAGGACUGCCGUCGUCUCCAGCAAUAAACACAAGGCAGGUUAAUGCGAUCCCGUUAUGCGUGAAAGCAAAAAUUAUUACAGUUGUUAGGAAUGGACCAAAACCCAGAAAAAUUGUAAGGCUGUUAUUGAAUAAAAGAAAUUCACCAAGCGUGGAGCAUGUCUUAGAAGCAAUUACAGAAGUUAUAAAAUUAGAUUCUGGUGCUGUAAGAAAAGUUUAUUCAUUAUCCGGCCAACAAAUCACACUUUUAGAACAGUUUUUUGGUGAAGAUGACAUUUUUAUAGUUUAUGGUAUUGAGAAACCUAAUCACGAAGAUUUUGAAUUAGAUUUGGAAGAACAAAAAUGUGUACAGGGAUUUCGAAAAGGACAAUUUAGUAUUAAAAAUCAUAAUGGACCUAUGCCAAAGAUGCCCGCUAAGACUUCUAAAAGAUCAUUAUCUAAUAAACAAGCUAGAACUCCAAGUCCUUCAACGAUAAGUCUACCUAUGCCAAUGAAAUUACAAUACAACAUGGGCCCGGUUAUUGGAGAUGGAAAUUUUGCUGUUGUUAAAUUAUGUGUACACAGGACUACUGGAACUAGUUACGCUAUGAAAAUUAUAGACAAAUACAAGUGCCAAGGUAAAGAAGCUAUGCUAGCCAGAGAAGUUGCAAUUCUGAGACAAGUUUCUCACCCUAACAUCAUAAGUUUGAUCGAGGAACAGGAAACGAACGAUCACCUGUUCUUAGUGAUGGAAUUGAUGAAGGGUGGCGACUUGUUCGACGCUAUAGCCAAAGCAACGAAAUUCUCCGAAGACGAUUCAAGAAUCAUGGUCACUCAUUUGUGUUAUGCACUUGCUUAUCUGCACUCCCACAACAUAGUUCACAGAGACGUUAAACCGGAAAAUCUUCUCGUACAAAUCAGCGGUGACAGAAUAUCCUGUCUAAAACUUGCCGAUUUCGGAUUGGCCCAAGUUGUGCAAGAACCUUUAUAUACUAUUUGCGGCACUCCAACUUAUGUAGCUCCAGAAAUUCUCGCUGAAGUAGGAUACGGAUUGAAGAUCGAUGUCUGGGCUGCCGGUGUAAUUCUUUACAUCCUCCUGUGUGGUUUCCCACCGUUUGUUUCGACCGACAACGAACAAGAGAAGCUAUUCGAGCAAAUUCUCAGCGGAUUUUACGAAUUCACUUCUCCGUACUGGGACAAUAUCUCGCUUACAGCCAAAGAACUCAUUUCAAAUAUGCUGCAAGCGCAACCGGAAAUACGCUUUAGCGCAGAGGAUGUUUUGGAUCAUCCUUGGUUAUUAGAAACAAGUCAACUACCAGAGUACCAAAGUCCAUCAAAUCAUCGCAAUAGCAUGGGAGUGAGCAGCAUCAGUCGUUAAACAAAAUGUGAUAGAAUCUUCCAGAUAAAACGAGAUAUUCAUGCAUUGAUUAUUAUGAACUGUACAAAUUGUGUAAUUUUAUUCCUAGCAAAGAAUGGAAGGCAGUAAAAGCAAACGAAAACAGAUCAAAUAUGCUCUAAAUGAUUAUAAUCAGCUAGUCUGGUGAUUUUUAAAAAAUAUUGAUUAUUAAAUUAUUAUUAAAUGACUUAAAAAGAAAAACAGAACAAAGCUCUAUCACUUAAUAAGUUACUAAAAGAAAAGAAAGAAAUUGUACAUACAUCCCCAGAUUAUACUAUUGUAUAAUGCAUGUAAAAUAAAUAAUUAACAGAUAAGAGAAA